AUGCCUUUUGCCAAUAUGCUCCUGGAAGAUCCUGCGAUCCCAGCUAUAGAGCGACAACAAGCUUUAGAUCGCAUCUUCGCAGAUCCGGGGAUUCCUCAAAAUACAACUACAUCAUCCUUUUGGCUCAAAGAUCCUCAUGCAAGUUUUGCGACUCGGUCCUCAAAACCUCUCCCCGCCGAGGCUGAUGUUGUUAUCAUCGGGUCAGGCAUCACUGGCGCAUCCAUCGCACGUACCUUACUUGAAAAUGGCAUCAAGUCCAACUCCAGUCGGGAAGUCCCGUCUGUCAUUAUGGUUGAAGCUCGCGAUAUUUGCAGUGGAGCUACCGGUCGAAACGGUGGACAUAUCCUGGAGACUGCAGACGAAUAUUCCGAGCUAGCGGACGAGCACGGGGAAGAGGUUGCGAAGAAGACCCUUCGCUUCCGUCUUGCUCACCUGAAUGAGAUGCUCAAUGUUUGCGAGGAUCUUGGAUUGACGGAACAUGUUCAGGCACGCAAAGUACAGUUUCUGAGCGCCUUCUUUGGAGAGGAGGCCUGGAAAGAUGCGUUGGAGCGAUUGAGUCGAUUCAAGGCCGGCAUGCCAGAGGAAGCUGCCGAAUGGAUCGCUUACGAUAGAAAGUCGAUGCCGGAAGAUUUCAAGCUCUCUCGGGCUCAUGGUGUUAUCGCUGGGCCAGCAGGCGCACUGUGGCCGUACAAGUUCGUGACUAGUCUUCUGGCUCAUCUACUUUCUAAACACCCCGGUCAAUUCCGCGUUGAAGAUCAAACCGCCGUCACAUCGAUUAGCGAGACGCCAUCUUCCACCUACAAGUAUCGGGUCGAGACAAGUCGAGGAGUGACCUCAGCUCGGCAUGUAAUUCAUUGCACAAAUGCACACGUCACCCAUUUAGUGCCCGGCCUCCGUGGUCGUAUUUUCCCGUUACGCGGACAGAUGUCCGCUCAGACACCUGGAAGCAAUUUCCCCUGCCAGGCUGCCAAGCAUUCUUGGAUGUUCAGUUAUGACCGUGGCUUCGAUUAUCUCACGCAGCUACCGAGUGGACAAAUGAUGUUCGGAGGCGGCUUUGCCCGGAGUGAAGGUGGUGGCAUUGCUGAUUUGGGAGUUGCGACGGAUAAUGAAAUGAGCCUGUAUUGUGAUAUCCAUCUCUCGGGCGCUCUCCCGGUCGUCUUUGGACGCCAAAACUGGGGCGAGAUUGACGGUGAUCCAGUGCAGGCCAUGUGGACUGGUAACAUGGCUUUCAGUGCAGAUGGUUUCCCCUGGGUCGGACAAUUGCCCAGUUCUGUGACAGAACGACCUGGAUCUACUAGUGCUGAGACCGGAUCUGAAUGGGUGUCUGCAGCAUUUGGUGGCGAGGGAAUGGUCCAAGCAUGGCUGUGCGGAAAGGCUUUGGCGACUAUGUUGCUAAAGCGGGAUAAUAGACUUUCUCCAGCUGUCGAUGGGGACAUUUCAUGGUUACCAGCUCAAAUGCUCGUAACCGAAGAUCGGAUAUCGAAGUCCGUUCUUUCGAGAACAGUUCCAUCGUCGCAGAGAGCUUCGCUGUGA